AUGGAAGUGAAUGCGGGCAUACGUAAGGCAACAAGGAAAACGGAUUUUAAGUUUAGCACAUCCAGCGAUGAAGGAAUAUUAUUAAACAUUCACCACACCGUGCGCAAUCACAACGACGCAACCGUGCUGCGGGUCCGUUUCACGGCGGCAGGAUUCACUGCCAACAACGACCGGUUGAUCGCCGCCGAUCAUAGGGACAACCUGUUCGUGUUUGAUCUGGUUCAUCAAACCUAUUGGUAUCUAUCGGAGCUGGUGGAAAAGGUGACCGUUGUUGAAGGCUUGUUGGGAAGCCAUCUCGUGGCAUUGGGCAGUAGGGAUGGGAUGCUGUUUGUCGUUGAUUUGGACACAGAACAAUGCCGGGUGAAACUGCAGGUUCAUGCAGGAAGGGUGUUAAGCUUAAAGAAAUCGCCCGCUGGAUCCGGAAGCUCCUAUGUGCUCGUCACGACAGUGAACGGUUCCAAAAUCUAUGCCAUCGAUAGCUUCGCGGAAGUGUCUCGUCUGGACUACAAUCUUUCAUCGAGUGAUUCAGUGUCGCUGGAUCAAACUCAUUGGUUUAGCAGUGCUCAAGGCCCCGCUUUGAUUGGUCACACCACCUCCGGCAUACUGAAAGUCUAUCGAAUGAACUUCAAACCGAUUAAGGAACUGAACGCCGUAAAGCUCAUCGAGCUGCACCUUAAGGGUCGACCGGCGGAAGUGGUGGACUGUGCGCUGCAGCAAACAAAAGAGCUGACCGGAACCAAUCAAGAUUCAACUUUUGCGAACGACCAAAUUAGAAUGCUGAUUGGGCGCAUUACAGCUAAACGCCACGAGGGCUACUUACGCGGAGCGCAAGUGACCAGCGACGGUCGCCACUAUGCGAUGUUCUGCAGCAAUGGCACUCUGGCAUUUCUAGCGCUCGACUCGUGGCUGAUCUGGCGACUAGUGGUGCUUUCCAAUUUGUUUAUCCAGCGCUUUGCCUUCGUUCCACCUGCCGAACCACCAACCGUUGCGGCACCAUUAGUAAAGUCCGCCUCCGGUGUAACCGGUACCGGCUUGAACCGCCACCGUCAUUGGUCAACGACGGCGAUUGCGCUGGCCGCGCACACCAUUGACAAUGAUUUAGUGCUGGUGAAUUUUGGUCACCGUACUAGCCGCCUGGCGGUGGUCCGUUCGCUACUGGACGCUGAGAUGGGCCGACCAACCGGCACGAGAUGCUAUAAAUUUGCUUUGGCCAACAACGGAAGAAUGCUGGCGAGUGUGCUUAAAAGUGGCGAAGUACGACUACACAAUUUGCAGCGCUACGCAAUGCAGAUCGGUAGUGAACCGGAAGAUGCCACCGAACCCACAUUCGGUCCAACGACACGCUCACCGGCCCAUUACUGCGCCGUGAAGUCGAGCGACCGUUCCGAAUACCGUGGUAGCACUCAACUCCGGAGCUGGCGUCGAAUUAAAAACGACCGCCAAAUGGACGCUGUUCAGUCGCAGAUAGCGCACAAUCUACCGAAAGAUCGACUGCUUCCGAUAUUGAAAGAGUAUGGUGAGUAUCCGGCCAAACAUCGGCCCACCAUCUGGCGUGGCGUCCUCGAGUUGCCGGGCGAUGCGGAAAGCUUCGGUGCGUUCCUGCAGCGUGGCCAGCAUCCUUGCGUCGUAGAUUACGACAAACGGUUCGCCGAGGUCGCUGACCAGCGGACCGUUCGUAGUCUGAAGAAAAUUGUUUCCUGUCUGGCGCACUGGUGCCCCGUGUUCGGGCUGGUCGAUUACGUACCAAGUUUCGUGCUGCCUUUCGCCCGGACCCUGCCGAACGAUGCCCUGACGCUGUUCGAAACGGUGGCCACGAUACUGUUGAACCAGUGCCAGCUGUGGUUCGAGUUCGCUCCUCUCGAACCGUUCAACUACCUGGCGAUGGUUACGAACGUGCUGGCCGAGUGUGAGCCACGGUUGAUGCAUUUUUAUCGUCGACACAACAUAGAGGCCCGCACCUACGCCCUGCCGCUGAUGGAGAGUGCCUUUGCCGCCUGCUGCCCGGACUCGCACCACUGGCAGUGUCUGUGGGAUCAUGUGCUAUCGAACGAGCCGUACUUUCCGGUGUUUCUAAUUGUGGCCUACAGCAGUGUGCAGCGUGGCGUGUUGAUGGCUCUUCAGACUGCGGCAGAGAUCGAAAACUUCUUCCGUCAUUUGCCAGACGCCGCCAUCGAUGUGCGGCGUCUGAUACGCCGUGCGCACGAUCUAAUGGACCGGCAAGGCACCGGAUCCAUCCAUCCUCAGCAUUACAUUAAAUCAUUCGUUCCACUGAACGCGAUCGGCUCAUCGUCGUCGGCGGGGGCAGCAUUCCGGCCCGGCGCUGGUCGUCCCAAUUCAGGGGAGAGUGCUGCGGAUUGCGAAUCGUCAAGUCCUUCGACAGCGUCCGAUACGUCCGUAUGUGUCGGCGACGGCCCGUCGAGGACGUACGCGUGUUUUAGCAAUUUUCCCAAAAAACUCACCGAAGCUCGGUGUGUCCAGGUUGGGGCACUUCAGGCGGAGCAGCAACGGCUUGAAGCGAAAAUUAUAGGGCUGGAAAAGCUGGAGCACUCGCUACAGGACCGGAUGGUGAAUAAUUUGAUCCGACAGGAACACGAGCAGCGCUUGCAGGAAGUGGAGCGCAAGUUUGAAGAUGCAAUCAGCCGGGAAGAGCAGCGGCUGGAGAUGCAGCGGAAAUUGCUGCUGCUGCACCGGAAGCAGCUGCGCGAACGAGAGAGCGAACUGUCGCUCGAUCUGCACAAUGCCAAACUCGUCAGUGACGCCUCGGUUCGCGAGCGGGAUCUCGAAACUUUGCUCAAGAAACUCGACCGCGAGAAACAACGCGAGGAGACCGAUCUACUGUUCGCUGAAGAGGAUAUCAAACUGAAAGAGCUGGAACUGGUCGGUCGGUACAGGAGCGGCCUUGCGGUGGAGGCGUCCCGAUUGCACACUGCAGAUUCCUCCGGAUGGCCAGAGUCUAGCCGGGGACACAUGGAACAUCGUUACCACGCCGCUCUCGAGCAGCUGGCAGUGCAGAAGCAGAAACUUUACGACGAAAUCGAUCGGACUUACUCCAGCCUGGGGCUGCAACCUGGGGCUAACGAGUACACCUACCGCACUGUGUCGGAGUUGCGAAAGGUGGCCACCAUCGCCAGUAAUGAACGAUACCCGCCAAAGGCGGAAGCGAGCGAAUCCAAGGAACAAUCAGCAUCAGCUGUGAAAAAGCCGGAUCUGGUGGCCGCCACCAGUCAGCUUAAGCUAUAUGAAGACAAGAUUCGAAAAGUUGAGGAACAAGUAAAGAUCCUGCAGCGGUUGAAACAAGACAGGACGCACAAAACUUCCACUAAACUGAGUCCUUAA